AUGGCUAAGUGCUAUAUCCUAGUAUCUAUUUCAAAUGUUCUACAACAUCAAAUGCAGGAUGUGAAACUAACUUCAGACAUAAUGUAUAGUCUGAAGGAGAUGUUUGGUGAGCAAGGCUGUUCUGCUAGGCAAGAUACUAUAAGGCUUCUUCUAAAUACCAAAAUGGCUCAAAGGACUCCAUUAAGAGAGCAUAGUCUCAAGAUGAUCUCUUAUCUAAAUACACUAGAGGUUUUAGGUGCUGACAUUAAUGGAGAAUCCCAAGUGGAUAUGAUACUCCAAUCUCUACCUGAAUCAUUCAAAGAAUUCAGACUUAAUUAUAAUAUGAACAAAAAGAUUUAUACUAUGUAUGAAAUGAUGAAUGAAUUGGUAGCAGUGGAAGGCAUCCUUGUAACAGCCAAUGUUGAUACUAAUAUGGUUGAAACUUCUUCUUCUAAGCCUAAGUCGAAAGGCAAUGGUGGUAGGAAGAAGAAGGACUUCACCAAACAAGAAGGGAUUCUAGGAGACUGGAAGGCUAAAUGA